AGAGUUGGCAUGACGGAUGGAUCUUGUGAUUGACCCCAGGUCACGCCACUUGUGACUGCAGAGCUGUGCAGUGUGCAUGCGUGGGGCGAGUUUUCCGGACUGUUUGCUGACGUACAGAUCGCUCAAGACUGCUUAAAAUGACCACCAGUCCCAUCACCGCCAGUCUAGACCGGGUGCCGGACCAGGUGGGGUACCUGGUCAUGAACGAGGACGGAGCCGUCAUGGCGUCAUCAGGAGGAGAGUUAGAGAAUGAUGAGGCAGCAGCAGGAGUGAUCAUGAAGAUGGUGGAUGUGGCGCUGAGACUACAGACGGGCACAGACAAACAGGAACCAUUCAAACGGUUAUCAGUUAUCUACGAUGAGCACAUGUACAUGGUCACCAUUUCCAACCAGAAGAUUUAUGUUAGCAAGAGAACAAAUGAGCAUCAUGAACCCAUUACAGUCUAGCAUAAAGGGCACAUUUGUGCUACUAAUUUAGCUCACAUAUUGUUUUACAGCAGUUUAUCGGUCGUCCAAACAUACCUUGC